CCUCCUCUCCUUCCUUCCUGCAGCCUCGGCCCUUCUCAGCUGAAAAAGGAAGAUGAGAAGCCGCCGCUGCAGCCCCGAACAGAACCGACACUGAACCGAACCGGACCUCCAGAGGAAUGUCGGCGGAGCGGCUGCUGUCGGAGCGCAGGCCGAGCCCAGCUGCCGAACCCCGGCCCUGAACGCGACGCGACCAGCCUGGAGCAGCGGGGCGGGUGGAGCUGCAGCCCCGCCGGGCCGGACCGAACCGAACCGAGCCGAGGAGAGUUCCUGUCAUCCACCGUCCUGCCUGCCGGCGAUGCAGAGAAACCUGCGGGACUAAAGAGUUCGACCGCAUCCUGAAACCAGAACCGAACUGAAGCCCGCAUUCAGGUGGCGGCAUGGAGCGCUCCGGCAGCAUCCAGCUGGACAUCCCUGACUUCAGCAACUCCGUCCUGUCGCACCUGAACCAGCUGCGCGUCCAGGGCCGCCUCUGCGACAUCGUGGUCAACGUCCAGGGCCAGAGCUUCCGCGCGCACAAGGUGGUCCUCGCCGCCAGCUCGCCGUACUUCCGCGACCACAUGUCGCUGAGCCAGAUGAGCACCGUGUCGCUGACGGUCAUCCGCAACCCGUCCGUGUUCGAGCAACUGCUGACCUUUUGCUACACGGGCCGCCUCUGCCUGCAGCUGGCUGACAUCAUCAGCUACCUGACCGCCGCCAGCUUCCUGCAGAUGCAGCACAUCAUCGACCGCUGCACCCAGAUCCUGGAGGGCAUCCACCUGAAGAUCAGCCUGGCCGACGUGGACGAGGCGACACGCGACGACGACGACGCGCCGCCACGGGCGGCCCGGCCCGUCAGGACCAUGGAGGCCAUGGUGCGCAGCGGCGGCCAUCACGGCGGGCUGAGGCUGCUGGGCGCCAGAGGUGGAGCGGAGGCGUGCGAGGUCAUCAGCCCGGCGGAGGAGCCACUCAGCCCGCCGCCGACUGUGGAGCACAGCGGUCUGGCGGGACCUGGCGCCACCAGCAGCAGAGCCAGCAAGGAGCCGAUUCUCCGCAUCAACCGGGCCGGCCAGUGGUACAUGGAGACGGGCAGCGAGCCGGAGAGGACCGACAGUGCCGAGGAGGGCGGCGGCGGCGGCGGCGGUGGCGUGGACCGCAUCAGGAUCAAAACGGAGCGCAUGGAGGACUGGAUUGGAGCCGGAGGGAACCAGGAGGAGGUGGCGGCCGCAGAGGAGGGCGGAGCCACGGUGAUGAUCGACACGUCGGGCCGCAGCACGCUGAUGACGGCGCCGCUGGGCGGGCUGGGAACCCGCAGCGGACAGGCGUCCUCCAGCUUCAGCGAAACGGACCGGCUCAGUCCCACCGGCAGCGUGGUCGUCCUCACCGAGCGCCAGAGAGCGAAGAGCGAGUCUCCGAGUCGAGCCGACGAACUGCGGCAGCCGAGCUCUCAGGGCGAGGAGCACGCGGCGUUCGACAUGGGCGGCUACGAGGAUUACCUGAGGGAGCAGGUGGGCGACCGCUGGUUCCGCUACAACCCGCGGCUCACCUGCAUCUACUGCUGCAAGUCCUUCAACCAGAAGGGCAGCCUGGACCGCCAUAUGCGGCUGCACAUGGGCAUCACGCCGUUCGUCUGCCGCAUCUGCGGGAAGAAGUACACCCGCAAGGACCAGCUGGAGUACCACAUCCGCAAGCACACUGGCAACAAGCCCUUCCACUGCCACGUCUGCGGGAAGAGCUUCCCCUUCCAGGCCAUCCUCAACCAACACUUCCGCAAGAACCACCCGGGCUGCGCGCCGCAGGAGGCCCACAGCGCCUCGCCCGAGACCACCACCGCCUCCGUCCCGUCCCGCGGCGGCGGCCCGAGUGACGAGGCCUCGCCCAGCCAGGAGGAACCCGAGGCCGGCGGCGGGAGCAACAGCGGCCAUUACGCAGACGGCCCUCAGACCUCGGUUUCCACCACGGGGCCCGACUGACCCGGGCGGAAACGAGGCGAACGCCGCGCUGGUCCCGUCUGAAGUCAACGCACACCUCAGAGUCCGAAAUGAGAUUCUUACCGCUUUAAACCGCAUCUACCUUCACUAACCAGACAGAACAGAUUAAGCUAAAGAUGAAGAAUCGCCACACACUCCUACAACCUCACACACACACACACACACACAACGCUCAGCGAAGCGCCGCCGUCAACUUUAUGUUGCAGGUUUCUACUUUUUGGAUUUCCGGGUUCACAACGCAGCAUCACAACUAGCGGUGCACCGAUUACCGUUUACAGCCGGUUUUGAUUUUUAUCUGAAUUUUGCUAAAUAUCGCCGAGUUAGCAACAGUGGGUCAAACCUCUCGCACAUCGGAGCAGAAGAGGACAGGUUGAUUUUUAGACCUUUCUUUGAGGAAAUCGGGCCGAUUUAUCGGUGCACCUCUAAUCCCGACCGUCCGGGGAAUCUGGGAGAGAAGGAGGGCUUUGCCAAGAUACUCAGUGCCAGUUUUACGGUUCAAAUUCUUUUUAUUUGCCUUGAGACAAUCCGGAGCAGUCAGGUUAAUAAUAAUAAUAAUAAUAAUUAUUGCGCUCUAAGUGCCACAGCGAUGACGGUUUCGUUGGGUGAGUUACGUCUCGGCGCCACUGGAGUUUCUGACUUUGUCACAUUUCAUUUUUUACACUACAAACAUAAAACUGCAGCUCUAACUUCUCUGUCCUCAGUUUCAAAACAUUUUGCUCCGUUUACCGUUUUAUCCAUUUAUUUUUGUUGCUUACAGGAAGGUGGCUUCAAAUAUCUCAGUUUAAAUUAUUUUGACUUUCAGAUUUACUGUUUAAAUCUUCAUCAUCAAUAAUCAAUAGUUGUGAUCAAAAGAAAUCUUUCAGCUCUAUUAAUGCUGAAUUUGUUGGUUUAAAUGCUACAUCAGUGACAAAGUAAGACAGAAAACUAGAGAUGCCCGAUAUUAGCAUCAACAUCGCUAUCGGCCGAUGUUAGCUAUUUUAUCCGAUAAGUAAAACUGAGACGAUAUAAACAAACGAUGUUUAUUUUCAUUUUGUUGCAGUUUGUUUCUGGAGGGAGUUAGCCAUGCUAACAAAAAGCUAGUUACGCUAAACCUAAUGCGCUAUGAUAUCUUUAGAAUAUAUAUUAUGUUUAUAUCUUUUCCUGUCCAUCUUAUUUUGUUUCUUCAUGUAUCUUACUAAAACUUAUUGAGGGAAAAAAGAGAGAACGUGAGGACAGGAAGUGAAACAGUUGCGUAAACUAUCUUCAUACACUUCAAAAUAAAAGCAUGAAUCUAAACGUCGAACUAUUCAGUAAUAAAAACUAAAAGUUAACAAAACGACUAAUAAACUUGGUGCUUUAAAAUGGAUCCAGAAAUAUUAAUUUAGGCGAAGCUAAGUAGGCUAAACGACUAAAAGUUAGCUAAAAAGCUAAGCUAAAAAUUAGCUCGGUUCUUGGCGAGUUAGCAGAUGUUAGCAUUUGAGAAAAUAUAUAAUACCGGUAAAUAUCAGUUAUCGGCUAUAGCAGCAAUACUAAUAUCGGAUAUCAAUAUCAACCAGAAUUUAUAAACAAAAACAUCAAAGUUUCUCUUCUGAAGGAUAUCUUAUUUUAAAAUUACAAUAGCUAUUGUUUAGAAUUAUGCUUAAGGAAUAAUUGUACUAAAUAAAUAUUAUAUUAGUAGCUAUAAUUCAAAUCAAAUGUGCAAAAAAUCUGGGAAAUUGCCUUCUAACAAAGAAAACGCGGGAAUAAAAGACACAUCUAUGGAAAAAAUCAGAGUUAGGCUAAACAAUGUUAUGUAGAGGAUCAUUUUUGUUUUUAGUUUUUUCCUUUUCUUUUAGGUCUUUAUUAAUUAAUAUCUGGGCAGAAAGCAGAGCAGAGGGAUCCGAACCCUGGACUGUCAGCUUCUGAUCUACAUGAUCUUUACGAUUUUGAGCCUUGACAUUUGAAGCCAUCGUCCGCAGAGAAACUCCAGUCGCUCUGGUUUAUUAGUUCAAUUGGCUGUGAAAUAUUUAACCGAUCAUGUUGAUGUUUGCUAACUGUGGCGGUGAAACCUUCCAAGUUUCUCAUAGAUUCAGACAGAACCACCUAGCAGCGGGACAAACUACCGAACAAACUCCCAGUAGGACAGAAACAGUCUCAGAUAAGCUACACAGCUCGAUAAUUACCUCUCAUCACUACGCAAUACAGCUGCUGCUCACUCAGCACCACCGGGGGGCGCUCUGGUCCGCUCAGAUCCCCGUCAGUCUUCUCAGAUCGUUUUUAUAGACAGGUCUCUGUUUCUCUAUCAUUACUGUACACCUCUGUGCUUUUGACAAUGAAGCUUAUUAUUUAAAGGAGGAAAUGAUCAGAAAUCUGUCAGUUAAUGACGCAUUAAAUCUUCUGCACUCCACCUAAAAUAUAACUUACUGUAUAAGUUUCAUUUUACCAUAACAAUUAAUUAAAACACCUUAUUUAAUAAUACAGCAUACUGUUAUAUUAUGCUUAAGUUGGCCAUAUAUUACAUUUAAAAUAGUUUUCUAAAUCAAUCAAUUUUACAAAAUACAACUUAUCUGGGCCUAGAAAAG